AUGGCAGACAACACCUUCGCGGAGGCGUUUGCGCGAAAACGCAUCCUGCCCCAACAGCAGGGCCAAUCAGAUUUCAGCUUUGAGGACGAGAAGGGCGCUCGAGCUGGUCUCAACUACCAGAGUCUGGUGCCGGCCACAGGCAAGCCCAGAACG